ACUUAAUGAUAGGCUUAUGGCGGCACUGAAAUGGUGGGAACAGCUGCCAAGCCAUGGAUGAUGUUGAAGGAGAUCUCAUCGGAUGGCAACUGUCAGACAGUGGAUGUGAUUUACCCUCACUUUCCCGUUCAGUUAUAUCUGAACCCAACUCUAUUGCGACUCCUUAUGGAGCCAUUGCUCGACAAUCAGGAGAGAGGGUUCUUCCCCAAGAAAUAUAGUAUCCAUGAUUUGGGGACUCAUUAUCCCCGUUGUAUUGGACACAAAGACGGCGUACAGGAGGACAUGGAGGUGGAGGAGAGCGCCAAUAUGGUGAUCAUGAUGUCAGCCUAUGUCAGGGCUACUAAUGAUAAACAAUUUGCUGAAAAACACUAUAAUAUCUCUAAACAAUGGACACAAUAUUUAGUAGAUAAUGGAUUAAUUACAGGCGACGCUCUAACCACUGAUGACUUUUUGAACAAAAUCAAGAACUCGACAAACCUUUCGGCGAAAGCUAUUAUAGGCAUCGGAGCUAUGGCUCAGUUGGCGGAAGUGGUCGGCAAUCACUCCGACCAACAAAAGUAUAGACAAAUCGCUGAGAAAUAUGUGACGGAAUGGAUUCGUAUGGGAGAAGACCCCUCUAAUAAACACAUGAAACUCAGUUAUAAUGACAACAAUACCUGGUUUAUGAUCUAUAAUCUGUAUGCAGACGUUCUUUUGGAAACUAAAUUGGUUCCCGAAUCGAUAUACAAACAACAGGACGAGUGGUACCUAACUGUGCAGAAUAAAUAUGGCAUUCCCUUAAUGAGUGGUAGACCCGAAACCAAGUUUGAUUGGAUUUUAUUUACGGCCGCCUCAUCUACUAAUACCAAACUCCGUCAGUCCAUGUUUGAUAGGACUGCCCAAUGGCUUAGGGAGACCCCAACCCACCUGCCCUUUUCGGACUACGUGGACACAAAUACUGGUGUUUCGCCACAAUUUAUGAAUAGACCCGUUAUUGGGGCCGUAUUUGCGCCAUUAACUGUUAAACACUAA